AUGUCGACCACGGCGGUGGUGCAGGCCGGCGACGCGCCGGACCCGACGGUGCGGAACCUCCUGGAGCAGGACACCCUCAAGUGGGUCUUCGUCGGCGGCAAGGGCGGCGUCGGCAAGACCACCUGCAGCUCCAUCGUCUCCAUCCUCCUCGCCUCCGUCCGCCAGUCCGUGCUCGUCAUCUCCACCGACCCCGCCCACAACCUCAGCGACGCCUUCCAGCAGCGCUUCACCAAGUUCCCCACCCUCGUCAAGGGCUUCUCCAACCUCUACGCCAUGGAAAUUGAUCCCAAGGUAGAAAAUGAUGAUUUCGGCAAUGAAGGAAUGGAAGGAUUUAUUUCAGAAUUGACAAAUGCAAUUCCAGGAGUCGAUGAAGCUAUGAGUUUUGCUGAAAUGCUGAAACUAGUUCAAACAAUGGAUUACUCUGUUGUAGUUUUUGAUACUGCUCCUACAGGGCAUACUUUACGGUUGCUGCAGUUUCCAGCAACACUGGAGAAGGGUCUAGAGAAAAUGAUGGACUUAAAGAAUAGAUUCGGUGGUCUGAUUAAUCAGGCCAGUCGACUUUUUGGUCUUGGUGAUGAUUUGAACGAGGAUAUGAUGCUUGGGAGAAUUGAAGGCAUGAAGGACGUGAUCGAGCAAGUGAACAGGCAAUUUAAAGAUCCAGACUUGACAACCUUUGUUUGUGUUUGUAUUCCUGAAUUUCUUUCAUUGUAUGAAACGGAGAGAUUGGUACAAGAGUUAGCGAAAUUCGAGAUCGAUGCACACAAUAUUAUAAUCAAUCAAGUUAUUUUUGACGAGGAAGCCGUCGAGUCGAAACUGCUAAGAGCGCGGGUAAAGAUGCAACAGAAGUACGUCGAUCAGUUCCACAUGUUAUAUGAUGACUUCAACAUCAUCAAGUUGCCCUUGCUCCCAGAGGAGGUAUGUGGUGUGCAAGCUCUACAGAACUUCUCCAAGCACUUCCUGGCACCGUACGAACCGGUGCUGAGAAGGGGCAGCGUGGAGGAGCUAGAAGAGAGAGUAGGCACGCUGAAAUCAGCGCUGCAAGAAGCCGAGUCGGAACUAGAUAGAGCUAGGAAAGGGAAGCAGGUAGCAUGA